CUGAACAUUGAUAGAAAGAUAACGUUGGAGGCAAGUUGCCUUUGAACAACUCUCUUAGGAUCAACUGCCUCCCCAUCCCAUUCCUUGCUCCGAAGCUGUUUCCUCUGCUUGUGCUGAGAGCUGAUGCUCAAGGCACGUAGCUUUUCAAGAACUGGAUCAUGAACAACUUUAUCCUCCUAGAAGAACAGCUUAUCAAGAAAUCCCAACAAAAGAGAAGAACUUCUCCCUCAAACUUUAAAGUCCGCUUCUUCGUUUUAACCAAAACCAGCCUGGCAUACUUUGAGGACCGUCAUGGGAAAAAGCGUACAUUGAAGGGCUCCAUUGAACUCUCCAGAAUCAAAUGUGUUGAGAUUGUGAAAAGUGACAUUAGCAUCCCCUGCCACUAUAAAUAUCCUUUUCAGGUUGUACAUGACAACUACCUCCUGUAUGUGUUUGCUCCAGACCGUGAGAGUCGGCAGCGCUGGGUGUUGGCCCUUAAGGAAGAAACAAGGAGCAACAACAGUUUGGUGUCCAAGUAUCACCCCAAUUUCUGGAUAGACGGGAGGUGGAGGUGCUGUGCUCAGCUGGAGAAGCUUGCAGUGGGAUGCGCCCAGUACGAUCCAACCAAGAAUGCUUCAAAGAAGCCUCUUCCUCCUACUCCUGAAGACAACAGGCGAUCACUCCAUGAACAUGAAGAAACCCUGGUCAUUGCCUUGUAUGACUACCAAACAAACGACCCCCAGGAACUCGCGCUACAGCGUGAUGAGGAGUACUACCUGCUGGACAGCUCUGAGAUUCACUGGUGGAGAGUUCAAGACAAGAAUGGGCAUGAAGGAUAUGUACCGAGCAGCUAUCUGGUGGAAAAGUCCGCAAAUAACCUGGAAACCUAUGAGUGGUACAAUAAGAGUAUCAGCCGAGACAAAGCUGAGAAACUUCUUUUGGACACAGGCAAAGAAGGAGCCUUCAUGGUACGAGAUUCCAGGACCCCAGGAACAUACACCUUGUCUGUUUUCACCAAGGCCAUCGUAAGUGAGAACAACCCCUGCAUAAAGCACUAUCACAUCAAAGAAACAAAUGACAACCCCAAGCGAUACUAUGUGGCCGAGAAGUAUGUGUUCGAUUCCAUCCCUCUCCUCAUCAAUUAUCACCAGCACAAUGGAGGAGGCCUGGUCACUCGGCUUCGCUACCCGGUUUGUUCCUGGAGGCAGAAAGCCCCCGUCACAGCAGGGCUGAGAUAUGGACAAUGGGUGAUCCACCCCUCGGAGCUCACUUUUGUGCAGGAGAUUGGCAGCGGGCAGUUCGGAUUGGUGCAUCUUGGCUACUGGCUCAACAAGGACAAGGUGGCCAUCAAAACCAUUCAGGAAGGAGCUAUGUCAGAAGAGGACUUCAUAGAGGAGGCUGAAGUCAUGAUGAAACUCUCUCACCCCAAACUGGUCCAGCUGUAUGGGGUGUGCCUGGAGCAGGCCCCCAUCUGCCUCGUGUUUGAGUUCAUGGAGCACGGCUGCCUGUCGGAUUACCUGCGCAACCAGCGGGGGCUCUUUGCUGCAGAGACCCUGCUGGGCAUGUGCCUGGACGUGUGCGAGGGCAUGGCCUACCUGGAAGAGGCGUGCGUCAUCCACAGAGACCUGGCUGCCCGAAAUUGUUUAGUGGGAGAAAACCAAGUCAUCAAGGUGUCGGACUUUGGGAUGACAAGGUUUGUCCUUGAUGACCAAUACACCAGCUCCACCGGCACCAAGUUCCCGGUGAAGUGGGCUUCCCCGGAAGUCUUCUCCUUCAGUCGCUAUAGCAGCAAGUCGGAUGUGUGGUCCUUUGGUGUGCUGAUGUGGGAAGUCUUCAGCGAAGGCAAAAUUCCAUAUGAAAACCGAAGCAACUCAGAGGUGGUGGAAGACAUCACUACUGGAUUUCGCUUAUAUAAGCCCCGGCUGGCCUCCUCCAAUAUCUACCAGAUCAUGAAUCAUUGCUGGAAAGAGAAACCAGAAGACCGGCCACCUUUCUCCAGACUUUUGAGUCAACUGGGUGAAAUUGCAGAAUCGGGACUUUAGCAGAGACUCAGCUGCAGACCCUGAGUAGGGGAAGAAACCCUCCCUCCACAGAGCAUUAAAAGCCGCCACCAGCCCAGGACUCCCCAGAGGCAGCUGGUCUGUGGUGCCAGUUUCUAGGCUGCCCCAGAGGCUGGCGCUCAGCCACAGUCAUGUGGCUCGGCCAAUGAAGCGAGAGCAGGGCCACAGCAGCGGCCAUGCCUCUCUCUAUCCUCCCUCCAGCCUCUUAUCUCGGGUGGUGCACAAACCUCAAUCUGACAGCUUCCGGCAACAUUUCUUGCACUUCUUCUUAGAAAGAGAGAAACAGGGUAGGGCCCUGGACUGUUAUUUUUGUUGUUAUUUUAAACAUGGAUCUAAGGUUAAUGGUCAAGGGACUUUUCAUUUGACCCGGCAACAUAAAAUCCCAGGGGAUGGAACAAGAAGACCUGAGGAGCGUAACUCUCUAUCAAGGAGGACAAUGAGUUAAUUAAGGUCUGAAAGAGUAAGCUCCUUCGUUGUGAUGCUGUUGGCCACAGCUUCCGGCCACAGAUGAAGGAGCAGCUGCUCACCUCAGAGGCCGGAUAUCCUGAGAAGCAGUGUUAUGAGGCUUAACUCAGAGCACACUGCCACCUUUCUCCAUGAAGGGAGAGUUAUGGACUUGGGUGAACAGUUCCGACCCCAGAGUUGGAGCCCUUGGGUAUCUGGUGUCUGGGCAGAAAGAGGGCAUCUGAUGGUAGGGAACCAAGUGGUACUGAGAAAGACCUUAGGUUGUUAUCACACGGAUGCUCACCCUUAGUACGAGCCAGGCAAGGUGACUAUGCCUCCCCUUCUGUACAGAACGCUUCUGCAUGCAUCCUAGGAGGAAAUGGUUGCUUCUGAACACACACUCUGACUGAGGACUCCAUCAUCAAGUCCCCUGCCACCCCCACCAUGAAGAAUCAGCCCCCUCUCUGCCUUCUCCCAUCAACAACAGAGGGCAGCAUUAUGUUGAACAGUGAGUGAUGUCUGGCAAAGAAACUGAAACUGGUUUAAGCCAUAUAGAUUUGCAGCUUUAAGGGUGAGACUUUCAGCCUCCCAAAAUUCUGAGAGAGAAACCAGGGGUCUGUUCAUGUUCAAACCAUCUGGAUGGACACUGAGGCCGGCACUAAGUGGGGUGCUCCUCAGAGGCACAGUGUUGGCCACUGUUGAAAUAUGCAGGGUGAGUAUGUCCUGAGUUACAAGACUUCUCUGCAGUUUAUCCCAAGUUCACACCAACCUGGUGAGUUAGUAUUACUCUUCCCACUUUACGUAUUGUAAAACUGAGGCUUUCAAAAGCCAGGACACCUGCCGAACGUGGCAGAGCUGGGAAUUAAGCCCAGGAUUCUAGUUCACAUGUGUCUGACUCCGGUGCACAGUUUCUUUAUUCCUAUUCAACAUUGUCUUUUACCAAAGACGAAAGGAACUGAUUGCAGAGGAAAUAAAUACAGCAGAGGGAAAAGGCAGAGAAAGCCAAUAAAGACAUCAACACAGCACCACCAGAAAGUAAUGUUGUUCUUGCAUAGACCACAGUGGUUGGCACUGUAGUCCUCCCACUUGGGAAAGGAUCUUCUCUUUUCUCAUCUGUAGCUCCCCUUUGUCAGAGGUAAUGAGAUUGGACUUAGUUAAUUAACCCUUUGAGUCCCUCAACCUAGCAGAGUCAUGUUGCAGAAAGCCAUUUAGGUGGCUUCAAAGCAGCUCGGGAAGAUUCUCCUGCAGAAGUAUGUAGAAGGCUUUAUUUAUUCCAACUUUGAGUUGGCUGCAGUCUUCUUGGACACUUUGUAGGGAUGGGUAUUCCCUGAUGUAAGAGAGAGUUAGUUUUCCUACAAUGUUCAGAAAAAACUCAGGAUGGGAUUGUUGGGUGGUAUUGCAAUCAGCUCUUUCUAAACCAGCUAAUAUUUUGAUUGGCUGGAGACCCAGAUGCAUAACUUUUAACUACAAUUAUUGUGAAACUGGAGGCCCCAAGAUAAAACUCCACCAUUCAUAAGAUGAUCUUACUCAACUUAUCCCAAAUAAUUUAUCUGUACUUGCUGGCAUUUCGUACAUUCUCUUUUGGAAUCUGUAAUUAGAGAUGAUUUCUGGAACAUCCAGCCUACAAGGAAAACAUCGGAAUUGACUGAUUUCUGUGGUCUGGUUUAGGAGACCCCCCUCACUUGUCAUUAUCUUGUUCAAGCUCAGGUUCAAGUGGUCUUAGCUAAAUGCAUGUAGAUAGUUUCCCUCCCAUUGUCCUAGCCUGCAGAAUGGGCUUCUGGCCUGUUUUUUUGUUUUUUGUUUUUUUUUGGUUUUCUUUUUCAAUCACUUUAAAAAUGGUGCCACAUGUUCACAGGGAAUUCCCUUAAACAAGGUUUUGAUUCUUAAUGCAUUUUAUAGUUUUUGCCUUUUGUACCUUCUGAGACUAUGUAUUUAUAUAUGCAUAGAUGGGAUAUUUAUUAGUGUACAGUCAUUGCUAGCAUUCACAAUAAAAAUAUUAUACAUGUCUCUUACCCUUCAUCAAGCACACAAAGUUAAAGGUCAGGUCCAGCAUAUAAAGCUGCCCAUUUUAAUAACGAUAGUAUGUACAGCCUGGGUUUCCUAUGUGUCCAACUGUCGGCCACACAUAUUCCUUAAAUAAAAAUGGUUACACAGUUUCAUGUCCCACAGGUCAGUACUUCAACAUUUGUUCAAUGGGUAAACACCAAACGCUUCCUAGGUUCCCAUGGCACCCUGUGCCGAGAACUGCAGAAACAAAGAUGAAAAAGGCAGAGUCUUUUUGUGUGAGAAACUGCAGGCGUGAUUGGGAAAGGAGACAUACAAAUAAGUGAAAUUAUAUAUAAUACAGCAAUUAGAGCAAUAACAGAAAUAUGGUCAAAGAAGAGAGGAGCUCAGAAAAACCGAUGAAAUCUCCCUCUUAAUAGGGGAAGGUUAUGUCGCUUGCUACUCAGAGUGUGGUCCCUUCCCCAGCAACAGCAGAAAGACCAGACUGUGAGAUACGCAAAUUAUACAGCCUCACCCCAAGGCCCACUGGGGUGAGUGUCUACAUUUUAAUGAGAUCCACAGGGUCCUGUACACAGGGAAGUUUGGGAAGCACUGGCCCAGGGGAAAUAAUGUCUGGCCCAGCUUUGAAGAUGAAUUAUGGUUUUUAUUUAAGGUAAGCAAGUGGGCAGAAAUAAGAGAAACACUUUUCAGGUUGGGGAGCAGAGGAAACAGAAUGUGUUGGAAAGCUGUUACCAGCUUACCGUUGGUGGAGCACUAGGGGUGUGGGUGUGGUCUCCGUGAGGGUGGGUGGGGGUGAUAGAAGGGGCAGGCAAAUUGAAAGAGGUUGUAAUUCUAGGCAAGGACUGUGUUACAAAAAAAAAUGAAAUCGUACCUAUAGAUAGAAAAGAUGUCACUGAGCAAGGAGAUAAGGCCAAAUUUGUGUUUAAAAAUAUAUUCUGGCCUGGGCUUGUGUGGCUCAUUCGAAAGGUCUUGGGUUUCAUUCCCAGUCAGGGCACACGCCCAGGUUGCAGGUUCAAUCCCUGAUUGGCACACUUACAAAAAGGCAGCCAAAUCGAUGUUUCUCUCUCACAUCAAUGUCACUGUGUUGUCUCUCUCCCUUCUUUUCUCUCUCUCUAAAAGCAAUAAAAAAUAUCCUAGGUGAGGAUAAAAUUUGUUUUUAAAACAAGAAAGAAUAAAAAUGUAUUCUGGCAGCAGCAUGCUGAGUGGAUUUGAAAGAGGCAAACUGGUGGAAGAGAAACCAAUGUGGAUGUGAUUUGCUCCUUGCUCCUAGUACCAGAUGAUUGUUCAUUCUCAUUCACUGUCGUCUGCUCUGUGGGUGACAUGCAGAAGUUAUAAUUCAGUCUUAGGUCACAGUUGCAUGGGAAUGAAUAGAUGUUCCCCCUCCCUCUCAAAAUCUCAAGGAAAGACAAGCUGGGGCAUUACUUUGGGGGGGGUGUUGAGCUCUCCCUGUACCGUUCAGUUCACCAAAUGCCCAGGUCUGUGCCAGGAGACAGUUCGGGAGCCAGAAGACCCUGAGGCACAGGUGAGAAAACCUGCAGCUUCCACGCGGUCCUCUGCGUGGAGCUCACCUCCAGGCCUGACUCCCACUGGCAAUGACCCAGACGGGAAACUUCUUUAUGGGGUUAGAUGAACAGAUGUGCUUCCCAGGGCACUCAUUCUGCAGACUUUACUCUCUCUGGAAUCUUCCAACACUCUGAGGUCACCGCCCUGAGGAACGGGCAGAAUACACUCCAUUCGGCAAGAUGGGGAGCCUGCGUGUGCGUGCCUGUGCUGAGGGAGCCGCGGGCUCCCUAGGUAGAGGGCCUUAAGAAGGCGGUCUGAUGAUCAGGAAGACAGGGUUGGAGUUGGACCUGCAUUUGCAUCAAAGCACAUAUUCUCAAUUAGAUAAGUAUUUAUUUGCAGUGGCUUUGAAGGAAGUGUCUGCUCCCCAGAGCCACCCCUAGGUGGCAGCUGUGUGUGUGUGCGUUUCAAUGACUUCCCCGUGUCAUGGUGUGUAGUUGGCAUGGGAAAUAACAGAAUCAUACAGAUGCUGUUACAAAGAGUUAUCGAGAUCCUUUAUUUCAUAAGUAGUCACCAUCUAUGUGCUAUGGCACUGUGUGAGGUGCAUGAGAUGAAUAAGAUGUCAGUUAGGGACCAAACACAUCAUACUCACACCAAGAUAAUUCCCGCAGGGCUUAUUUACAAAAGGACUCUGUGAAAAUAGUGUGGGUAAGGUUUAGGAGAACCACAGGAAGUGACACAGAGGAGAAGAACAGCCAAGGGUCAGUCAUCACCCCCCAAGCCUGGGCAGACAGCUGGGCAGUGGCCACUUGAAUGUGGAAGCAGGGGGUCACUGGAGAAGGUUGCCUUUGGAGAAGAGGACCUUUUGUGGGGGACAGAGGAAGCCCAUGGCAGCAUCUCAAGGAGGAAGCAGAGGAACAAAUAAAUAUGCUGACCCCACUUUUCUCGCCCCACCCCCAUCAACUGCUGAGGCUUCUUGUUAACCGAACCAAUGGGAAGCCAGAGGCCAAGGAGACCCUGGAAGGGUAGUCCACAGAGGUCAGUCUCCAGGGAGGGCAGCAGCAGGAGAAGAGCCGAAUGGGCAGGAGGAACAAGAGACAUCCACCCGUCUCUUCCCCAAUUCCACGCUUGCAGCCAUUCGGUGGGGUGGACUCAAGGGCCACCUACACUCGCCUGAGAAUGCAGCAACCCUGACCCCAUUUCACCUUGACUAUGUUUUGCCAUCCCAGAUCCAUUCAGAAUAUUCUCAGAUCCUCCUUCUCAGUUCUUACCCACAAUUACUGUGAACAGUAUUUGUUGAACUAACAAUGAAAUGUUCUUUGGUAUCAGUUAUGUGUAAAAGAGCUGACCUUCAAGGGAAGCCAGUUCUCUAGAAAUUGUGGGAAAUGAGCAAAGUGAGGGGAAGACAGCAGAGAAGGGAGGGAGUGUUAUUUCUAAACGGCCCAGGGUGGAGCUGCAAUGUGUCAACAGCAACACAUCCCUCCAUAUUUCAUCUAUAAAGAAAUAGACCCAUAGAUGAAGAGAACAGACUGAUGGGUGCCAGAGGGGAGGGGAUUUGAGGGGCAGAGGCUGAGUUGAAAAGCGAAGGGAUUAAGAAGGAUUGGUAGUUACAAAAUAAUAGUCACGGGAUGUAAUUUACAGCAUAGGGAAUAUAGUCACUGAUAUUGUAAUCACUGUGUGUGGUGCCAGGGGGACCACUUUGCAAAGUACCCAAUUGUCUAACCACUAUGCCAUACACCCGAAACUAAUACAAAAUAACAGUGAAUGUCAACUGUAAUUGAAAAAUAAAAUGUGAAAAAACAAACUCAAUAUGUGAGAGCAAUACCUUAAAAAUAUUUAUUUCAUCUAUAAAGUAAUAGGGUGACUUCUAAGGAUUUUGUGAGGAUGAAAUGAGCCCAGCCAUAUACAAUACUUAUCACAGAGGCUAAAACAUUUUUUAGUUUUAAAUAUAUUCUUUGAAAAAUUAUUUCAGAUUCAAUGAAGAAAAUGGAUAACACAGUUUUCUAUGGAAAGACCAGCGUCUGGGGCCAGCUGACCUUGAGCAACCCUUCCCCUUUCUGGGCCCCAGUUCUUUCAUCUGUAAACUGAGGCCAUUUUGAGCAAAAGGUCAGGUUUGAUUUAAUGGGCCAUGUAAAUUGUGUAACUGACCAUUAAGUUUUUCUUUUCCUGCUAACUACACGGACCAGAUGUGUCAACCUUCUGUAGCAAUAUAGAGAUUUUUGGGGUAUUACUCACAGUUUCUCUCCAUCUGAAACCCUUUUUCUUCUUUCCUUUAAAAUUCAUUACUUAUGAAAAACAUUUUAAAACAAUGCAUCUCAGUAACUUUCAUUAAACAUGUUUUUUGGAAAAAGGUGGCAUAUUUUUUAAAAAAGAUUUUUCAUUUAUUUGGCAGGGGGGAAACAUCAGUGUGUGCUUGCCAGGAGCUAGAAUAAGGUGGCAUGUUAAUAAAUACAUGGUUUCAGUUGGCAAGGGGGAAAUGAGGCUGUAGAUAAUUUUGGUUAAAAGCAUGAGUUUUGGUUUCACUACUUGGACAACUUACUUAACCUGCCUCAGUUUCUUCAAUUAUAAACUUGGGCUAAUAAUUAUGUUUUUUCUCAUAGGAGAAUUGUGAAUAGUAAAUGAGGCAAUGCACUUGGUAAGCAUUAGCUAUCGUUACAAAUAUUAGUAUUUUUUUAUUUCUUCCUCCCAAACCAAUUCUUAUGUCCAUUACAAAUAUUCCACCAUUGGUUCCUAUGAAGUAGGGUCUGCUAAUGGAUUUUGAAUGGAAACUUGGUGUCCUAAGUAACUUGAGGGUGUUCUAAAAACAUAGCAACACUGCCACACACGAAAACACAAUGCAUGGGACACAGCUCUGCAAGGGGCAAAGCAAUUCUCGCUUUAUCACUGCGGUCCUCUCGUGGCUGAUGGUGCCGACGGGCCGGAUGUAAAGGAAAUCUGAAUACAGUAGAAAGACGUCUAUGAAUUUCACUGGCAACAUGUAAGAUUUCAGUUCUGGUUAUUCAUUCAACCCACUUUUACUGAUCUCCUGUUUUGUACUAACUAGUCUCUGAGGUCACAAUGGCAAGCAAGAUGGACUCAUCCCUUCUCUUAGGUUUAACGUUCUGCUGAUGGAAUGCAGGCAAGUGCGUCCACAGUCACAAGUCAGCGUACAAGCAGAACGACAGAAGAAACCCAGGGGUCUAGAGACAGCUCACCUGAACCAACCCCAGAUGUGGAGGGAUCUUGGAUGAAGUAACAUCUAAACAUAUACCAGAAGGAUGGAUAAAAGUUGGGCAGCAAAAUGGGGAAAAGAGUGGAAGGGGGAAGGAAAGGAGGACAGAUCAUUCCAAGCAAAAAAAGCCCAAAUCGUGAAAAGGUCACAAGAGAGAACACAGCAAGUUUGGGGAACGAAAAGACUCCCUUCAUCUGAAGCACAGCAAGCUCGUUCAUGGGAGACAGUACAGAUCAGGUCCUGAAACCCCGCACAGGCCGUGGGGAGGUGUUCGGGCUCUGUGCCGAGAGUGGAGGGAGCUAGUGAAGUGCCCAAAGUGUGGCCAAGGCAGUUCCUUUUUUUUAACUCAAGCGAUUUUCCACAUUCAGAAGGACUUUGGAGUGUAUCCAACCUACUUCGCUCUGUAGAAGGGGAAAGAGGGAGGCGGAGUGACUUGCCUAAGAACACUCAAUUGCAAAACGAGGACAAACAGGCAAGCCUCUGAAUUUUCCAACACAGUUGUUACAACAAGACCCUGCUGCUUCCCCUUGCAAGUAAAUAAAAGUCAGGGGUCAGAAAAAGAUUUUUCCCUAAAAUCUAACCAAACAGAUAUGUAACAGUCUCCUUUGUUUUUAAGCGACUUGUUCUUAAACGGUGAAAAGAUGGAGAAGGAACAGGGAAAAUGAAUGUAUUACAGAAAUCUAC